AUGAGAAAAAAGCUUCGUUCAGGUGGCGUUCAGAGGUGCCAGGGUCGAACGUGUCCAAAGUGGAAACAUGCAGCUAAGGUCGUAAGAGAACUGGAUCUGCUGAAGCCAAUAUACAAAGAAACGGCACGCAAUGGUCAUUUUGGAAAGAAGCAUUUUGCUUGGGAAAAAUCGAAGAAGCUGAAAAUCCCUGAGCAGCUACAAGAGAAAUUACAAAUCGCGAAAAUGUCAAAUGGUGACGUGAAACGUACCUCAAUCAACGGUGUUUAA